CCUCAUAUAUUCUGUAAUUUUGGGAUAAUAGAUUAUUAUUUUUGUUAUAUACUGUAAAUUUUCGAAAAUUCUGUAAAAUUGUUCAGAAUUUCCAUGGUUUUUGAGCCAUUAUUUUAAAAGAUUGCAUCUUCAUCUAUUUUGAGAAACAUGAAUUCAGUAGAUUUGGGGUUUAAACUGAAGAGAUUGCAGCAGUUUUUAGGGUUUUAAUUUGGAGUUAAGCGAUUUUGUUUCUUUUUGUACAGAGAUUUUUCACCCUGGGAUUUACGAGCAAGCUAAGCUUGUUAGCUCAUGGCUUCGUCAGUGAAUUUUGAAAGCUCGAUCAACUGAAAGUUCGUCGCUCAAGUUGAAAACUCAAAAUCCAUUUUGAUUCAUACAAGCUUUUUCAAAAGCCUCCACUUCUCGAGUUUGAGUUCGAUCAGUGAGUUCAGUGCUUCAAACAGUGAGUUCUGCUGCUGGUGCUUCGUGAUCUAAUGAAUUACUUAGAUAAGAGCAAAGGAAAGAACUAAAAGGGCAUAUAUAAUUCAAUUUUUAGAACACCAAGCGUACAGGGGAGGAGGAUGUCAGGAUCUGAGACGGGACUGAUGGCCACUAGAGAGCCGUACAGCUUGAGCAUGCAACAGACGAGUCCGGUGGCGUCACUGCCGGUGAUACAGAACAUGCGUUUAGCCUUUAGCGCUGACGGGACAGCUGUGUAUAAGCCGCUCGCUUCCGCUUCACCCACAUAUCAGCCGCAGCAUGCUUCCGGCGGCGGUGGGGCGGACGGGGCCACCGGUGGGCCGGCGGUGACUCAAGGGCAAGGGCAAGCUCUGAACAUGAGCAUGAGCAUGGGGAGCGAGCCUUUGAAGAAGAAGAGGGGGAGGCCCAGGAAGUAUGGGCCGGAGAGUACAUUGCUGCCGUCUUUUGUGCCUCCUCCCUCUGCCAGCGUAACCCAAUCCAGUAGCGGAGGAGGAUUCCCCUCAUCAACUCCUCAGCCACCGCCUUCUGGAGGAUCAGCCUCUUCUCCAACUUCAGCAAAAAAACCAAGGGGGAGACCUCCUGGUUCCCUCAACAAGCCUAAACUUAACGCUCUGGGAUCAAACAGUGUUGGUUUUACGCCCCAUGUUAUCACUGUUAAAGUGGGAGAGGAUGUAUCAUCAAAAAUCAUGUCAUUUUCUCAGCAUGGUCCCAGAGCUAUCUGCAUUCUCUCAGCAAAUGGAGCCAUAUCAAAUGUUACUCUUUGCCAACCAGCAACAUCUGGUGGAACUGUAACUUAUGAGGGGAGAUUUGAAAUCCUGUCACUUUCUGGUUCAUUUCUUGUGUCAGAAAAUAGUGGUCAGCGGAGCAGAACUGGAGGGCUAAGCGUGUCAUUGUCUGGCCCGGAUGGUCGGGUUUUAGGUGGUGGUGUAGCUGGCCUUCUAAUAGCUGCAUCCCCUGUUCAGGUGGUUUUGGGCACCUUUGUCACGGGCAAUCGUAAAGAAACAAAACCAGCAUACCAUAUGGAGGCUCUAUCUGCCCCACCAAAGCUUGCUCCGGGGGUUACCAGCUCACCUUCUCAUGGUACUUUAAGCGAAUCCUCGGGUGGACCGGGUAGCCCAGUUAACCAGAGAAUGGGAGGCUGCAAUAAUAACAACCCACAUGGUAUGUCAAACUUGCCAUGGAAGUAAAUCGCGCUUUUAAAUCGAUAGUCUGUAGUGGGUCAGCUAAUGUGUUGUAGGAGGAACCAUUCUGUAAUUUAAGCAAUGUGUAUCUGAAGUAGAAUUAAGCAUUGUGACUCGGUUGCUGCUAGAUAGACAAGCUAGAAACGGCUGAGGAGUGUUGUUAGUGUAUGCAUUUGUAAGGUGAAGGUUAAAGGUGGUGUAAGAAAG